UCAUGGGAUAGUAUUGAUUCGGGGCCAUGCUAUCGGAAGCUAACUGUAACGUUAGCUUUGACUCCCGCAUGACUGCUCUGGAACAAGUUGUAAAGAACAGUCCUGAUACAGAUUGUUUGAGACAUUCGUUUGUUUCUUUUGGAAAGUGGGUUUGUCAGAAUCCUCCUCAUAAAGAAGACAGUGUGGAGCAGUACAUAGAUCGAUAUUGUAGACUCUUAGAGUAUUCACUGGUACAGAGGCAGGCAACAAGCGAGUUUCUAUUAUGUCUAGGUCUUUUAAUUUUAUGUCAACCCAACAUAUCCGCAAAGCGUAAGGCGGACUGGAGCAAGAAGGUGUCACAGUGUAUCUUAAUUAAUAACUGUUCGGAGUUCCUGUUAUAUUCCCUGGUAUAUUCAUAUUUACAACACAGUAGUGUUUCGUCAAGUACAUCUUUUUAUAACUGUAUGGAAGAUAAUAUUCGGUUGUUAUCAAAACUUUCUAGUAUAGUGGAGAGUGCUUCCGAGAGUUCCACUGUAUUAAGUGAUAUUCUUCCUUUGUUACUCUCGUUGCAAAGCUUGACCAGUUUGCAGAAGCAUGCUUCUAUUCCUGUUGGUUUAAGAGCAGAUGGCUUGUGUGGUCUUUUUUCGGAAUUCUCUUGUUUCCUUUCGAAGAUAUUACAUUUUUUACGAGAACGACACCCAUCGAGUAUAUCCGAUCACAAGCGUUUAGAAAAUGGAAUCUGUGCACUGUUGUAUGUAUUGUUUCGUUUCUUCGCAGACUGCGUUUUAUUGUACGACGAUGCCUUGUUUCCUAUCGCAGAUAGGUUCGUGGCUUUUGGAUUGCAAUGGUUGGACAUUUGUCAUACUUAUGAGUUAUGGAUUGGAAAGAAGCUUGGUUAUCAGAUGCUUUCUAUUCUUUUCGAGCACAAUUUGUUUCAAGGUCAAAGUUCAGACACUUUACUUUUUUUCAUUCUUAUUCAAAGUGAAGUUGUGCGUUGGUAUAAACAGGCAAUUGAACCAAGUGACCUGGAAGUGGAUAGAAUGGAUUUCACAAACGAUGUGAUGGAAGGAGUCCAUCAUAGAAUAGAAUCGAAAUAUCAACAAGAUGGUGAAUAUGGGAGUUUAUUAUGGGCAUUAAAGACGUUUCAACUUUAUCAUCAAAGUAUAUUUUACAGCCUGGAACGAGAUCAACAAGUCAUAGAAAAAAGGAAUGCGUUGGAUCGUUGGUUAUUGACCUUUUGUGAAAGAAUUGAACAAAUACCGACUCUUUGUUUCUUAAGGAAUAGUUUAUCUAGAUGCAAAAAAUGUUUGAUGCACCCGAGUGAACGUAAAACUUUGCCAAUAAGCUCAUCUAUGAAUGACAUCUCGAUAACAACUAGUGAGAAGGAAAUAUUCGUUGGAGAAAUUGAUCCAAGAGCAGUGAAGAGAACAAGGAGAGAUCAUUCAGAAGAUGAGUCGAAUAGAACAACACAUUCAAAACUUUGGAAGAUAGUACAUCAAAGUACUCCAGUUGAUAUUGUGCCUGUUGAAGAUAUGGGUGAAAGUAAUAGCAGAAUCCAUUUACCAAAUGAAAAGAAUUUAGUUUUACAAAGAAUGGACAAUGUUGAGAUUUCCUCUUUUCCAGUAGUUGAGCAUCAUCGAGUCGAUAGACAAGAAGAAGUGGAUGAUGAUGUUGACCAAAACGAUAACCAAGAAUCUGUCUUUCAAGAUGAAAAUCAAUCUUCGUAUUCCGAUGUUGAUGUUAUUGUCAAUGAAAUUGAUUUGGAAAUAACGAGUUUGAAGUAGGACGGAAAAUAAAGAUGAUGAUAUGUUG